CAGGUGCAGAUCCAUAGUCUUUGUCAUGAUCAGUCUUGCACCCAUUCCAUCAUCAUGUGUUUCUGAAAGCCGUAGGAUAUGUAGAUCCAUGGAGGUAUCUUUUGAAGUGGCAUCGUCGCACUCUAGUGAAUAGGCAUUUCAUUUUUAUUUUUCCGUACGGGCGCUCUCACCUUUUUUUAUUUUUUUAUUCUUUUAUUAAAUAUUAUAACAAACAUCAAGCCGCCAAACUGUCAGUACUUGCGGUCCCACUUCAUCCUCGACGUCGCCUGCCUACUUCUUAUCGUGGCGAGACGCCUUUUUGGUUGCUACAGUGCCGGACCGGUUCCAUCUAAACAACUCGAUUCCCUCUGGUCGUGCCUUGGUAUUCCCCCAUUAUCGACUGCCAUCAUGUCGCGCAGGGCUACCGGCGCCACGACCAUCACGCAGCCCUUCAACACGAGGGCUGCCAAUGUCAUCCCCGAAGACAUCUGCCCUGUCUGCAAACGAAACCGGUACCUGAAUACCAGCAUGACCUUCAAGAUCAACCCCGAAUGCUAUCAUCCCAUGUGUUCGCAAUGCGUCGAGACCAUAUUCAAGUCCGGCCCCGCGCAAUGUCCCUACGCCAGCUGCAACAAGACCCUGAGGCUCAAGGGCUUUCGCGAGGCCAUGUUCGCCGAUUUGACCAUCCAGCGCGAGGUCGACAUACGGAAACGAGUCGCUGCCGUCUUCAACAAUACGCAAGACGACUUUGAGACCCUUAGGCAUUACAACAACUAUCUACAGGACGUGGAGGAUCUCACCUUCUCCCUCGUCUACGGCGACGACUCGGACAGGAUGGAGGCCGAGGUAAAGCUUAUCGAUUACGAGCAACAACACAAGGCCGCCAUCGAGAGGAACAAGAAGAAGGGCUCUGAAGCAGAUGCGCUGCGCAUCAAGAGGCAGAAGGAGGCCGAGGCCGCUGCCGUCGCUAGGAAGGCAGAGCAGCAGCACCAGGAAGAAGAGGCCAGAGCCGAAGAGGCCAAGCUGAACCAGGAGGUCAUGGAAGCCCUGCAGCGAGGAGAGCCCGGAAGCGCUGCCGAUAUCCAAGCGAGAAUAAUGGCCAAGAAGAAGGCAAAACUUGCGACCAUGAACGGUGGCCACUUCGCCGCAAGUUUGGAUGCGUCCCGAGGCAUUUCUAUACGUGGUCUGCGCCAGAAAAAGACUGGUCCUUCUGCAGACGAGGAGGACAGGAACAAGCCGUACAGCCCCUAUGCCGGCAUACACUUGGAGCCUACCCGCUACAGUCUGCAGAGCGACUACGAGAACCCACAUCUGGUCAAGGCCAAGACCGACAAGGGUCACCAGGUCGGUGGUUACAGCACACAAGAAUAUAUCACACGCGCCAUGUUCGAGGCUUUUGCUGGGCUGGGUGUCAUGGUUGGUCAUGAGAAGGCUUCAGACCAGAGGAAUGGCGGCACCACUGCCCCUCGCGACGCUGCUGCCCGAAGUAAAACGAGCCGGCCUCUCACGACGGAUCCCAGAGCUGAGAUCAACGAUGUAUUUGUAUAGAAUCAUGGGUCAUUUAAACACUGUGCAUAGCGAUGGCGUCUUGGGACAAACUUAGAAUUCCAAUCUACAUUAGAAGACUCAACUUGGAGAGCAGGCAGAUCCAAAAUCUCGACUUCGCCCCGACAGGUUACACUGCUCGGCCAUCGCCUUCGGGACUCGAUUGUGGUCUUUCUUGGCAUUGGUUUCCACAUCCUCUACCGGGGGCAUGCACUUAAAAAAAAAAAAAAACUAUACCAAGCUAUCA